AUGACUGGACGCACGAACUACCCGCGUAGGGCGAGCACGAGUGCGUCGUACGCCGUCGCGCACGGUUCCGAGGACGAGGGAGACGAGGAGGAGAGGGAAACUGAUGAGGAGAUUGUUCCGAAGAGGCGCGACAAGGGCAAGGGUCGCACAGUCGAGGUGUUCGACUCGGAUGAGGAGGAGGAGGAGGAGGAUGUCGAGACGAGCGAGGAUGACACGAGCGAUUGGGAGGAGUCGCGCAAGAAGCCGAAGAAGUCCAAGUCGGCCGGGGGGAAGGGCGGGAAGGGCGGAGGAGCCGGGGCGGCGAAGAAGGGCGGUAGGGAGGGCAGGGACGUCGGGAGGCUCGAGGUCAUGAAGACGCUCCCGCUCGAGUUGCUCGUCGAGAUCUUCUCGCACCUCGACCCGAACGAUCUCCUCGCGGUCAGCAUGGUCAACAAGCAGUACCGCUCACUCCUCACGUCGCCCGGCUCUGUCAAGAUCUGGAAAAACGCGCGCAAGAAGAUCGACUUGCCGGACCUUGGCGCGGACGAGAUCACCGAGUGGCAGUACGCUCAACUCGUCUUUGGCCGUGAAUGCCAGAAAUGCGGCGCCAAGAAUGUCAAAAAGCUCGACGUCUACCUUCGCAAGCGCUGCUGCAAGAGCUGCCGCGUGAAGGACGUUGUCAAGCUCUCGUCGCUCGACCGUUGCUACCCGACGCUCAAGUCGAAGCUUCACCCGCGUGCGGCAGACUGCGUCCGCAAGACUCCCUACGUCGAGCCUUGGUUGUCGCCCCGUUUCUACUUCAACGAGACCGCAGGACUCGUCUCUAUCGACGACCUUCACAUCAUGACUGGCAUCCUCCGCCGCAUGGAAGAACAGGACGAGGACGAGGCUAUCGCUGAAGGUCGCUCGUCGCCGCCGCCGGAAGCUCGUGUCCGCAAGCCCGGCUCGAGCAAGAGAAAGAAGCCUGUCGCCGGCGCGUCUUCGAAGACCUGGAGGGCCAUCGACGACGACGAGAAGGAGGAGAAAGACUGGGAAUCGGCGCGCGUCGUCAACUAUGUCCAGGCUCGCGCGGCAUCAUUCGACAAGUUCCGCAAUAUCACCAAGACGCUUGCCAAAGCAGCCAACAUCGCGACCAGAUACCUCGAUUCGAAGCCGCGAUACAGCCUGUCGCCAUGGUGGGAGAAGCCGCAAGAAUACGAGGGGCCGAAGGAAUCCCGCCGCAAGCAGAUCGCCGACCGCGUUGCUUCCCUCGGAUACAAGAGGCACGAGGUUGAUUGCCUGAUUGGCAAAGUGGUGACUAGCUCGGCGGAUUUGACGGAUGCUGAGUGGAAGAAGAUCAAGUCGAAGGUUCUCAAGUCUCUCGAGCGCGCGCGCUCGACCGCGAAGGAGGCGCAAGUGCAUCUCCCGCGCGUCCGCGCCCAAAAGUCGCUCAAGCCGUACUACGCCGCGCUCAAGACCGCGCUCUCGGAGGCCGAACAGCCCUUCGUCCCGCUCUUCGUCGAUUUCCUCCUCCUCCCCUCUAUCAAGGACCUGUGGAUGACGGGCGAGAAUGUCUCGUCGGGCGAUUGGCUGAACCAGCUCAACGCGAUCAAGGCCGACCUGGAAGAGUAUCGCCUCGACCUCCUCCUCCACGCUCGAGAACUCAUCCUCGACGCGACGACCGAACGCAACGGAGAAGGCGGCGAUCUGGAAGGCGUCGACGAGAACAUGGACGAUUUCGACGAUGACUUUUUCGAUCGCGCGUCCUCGAUGGUCUGCUGCAGCUUUCCCGGAUGUCCGCCUGUCAGCAUCGAGAGAACUACGCGCCACGUCAAGUGGGUCCGCGGACGGCCUGACAUCACCAUCACGUCCGAGCCGACCCUGAAGGAUCGUCAAGGCUCUUGCGGAACGGUCGUUGACGUCCUCAAGCACCUGCACGCCGACCACAACGAGGGGACGGACAUAUGGGCCAAGCACAAAUGGAAGAAACCCCCUCAGUACCACCUCUUCUUGCCGCUCGAAGUCGCCUGCAGCGUCUCGGCUCUCCUCGACGUCCACGACCUCGACCCGGCGACGGCGACCAAGGAGGACCUCGUGACGGCUAGCAAGGGUAGCUGGUACCAGUGGGAGAAUGCGCCGCGCACCAAGCGGAACUUCUCGGGCAAGAGCGCGUGGUUCGACUUGGUCUGCGCCAUAAAGCGCAAGGGCGAGAAGCUCGGCAAAGUCAAGCCGCCCGUCGCCCUCGACCCGCCGUGCAUCGUCAUGAGGCGCUGA